AUGGUAGAUAGAAAGGCAGAGGCCGAAGAUUCAAACCUACAGAUAGGCGUGGCUGUCAGCAAAAAAAAAGUCAUAAAAAGAUUCAGCGAGGACACACCUCCUCGUUUCCAACCUUGGAUCCCAACUGAUUCAAAUAGUGGGCGUGGCUUAGGAGCUUGGAGGCCACGCCCCUCGGACUGUAUAUCAGUUCAGGAACUCAGGCGUUCAGGCCACGCCUCGGCUGGAAUCAAUCAGUUUUGGAAGGAGGCGUGGCCUCAGAACCGGAAGCCCCGCCCAUCCGGUAUGGCUCAUCACAUCGGCAUGGCUCAAAGCCAGGAGAAAAAAAAAAACUAAAAUGAUCACGCACGCCCUCCGGCGCUGGAAAGAAGUGAACGCGCGGAAAAGAGAAAAAUAGGCGGAGCUAAAAGGGGCAGGAAGAACGGGACUCUCCGCCUUUUUGCAUGUGACUCGCCAGCUUGAAGAGAGAACAGCGCAAAAAGGAGAGAGUCCAGCGUGUUCGGAACGACGAACAGCAAUGCGGUGAAGCUAAAGUAGUGGGAUGGAAGCAUCUAUGGAGAGGAGAAGAAGAAAAAACGAGAGAAGUCAGCAGCUAGGCGACCAAAACUACUCAUUCCUCAGCCUAGUUUGGAUUUUUCUGCACGUCAUUGCGGAAGUCAUGCGGGCGUCGUGGGAGAAAGUAUCAUCCAGAUCAAGUUCUCAGAAAAGAAAACUUGAUUAGACGAAGAAAAAACGUGAGAGAACUUCAGACUAGAAAGACGUUCAAAAAAGGUCAAAAUGAGCUCGACCUUGUGAAAGUUAUUAGAAAAUCGACUUCAAUCAGGCGGAAAACGUUGGAAAAUGCCAAUUUUCUCAGGCGUUCUCAUGACAAAAGAAAACUCUCAAUAAAGAACAAAGCCAGACUUGGCAAGACUAGAAAUGUUUAUAUAAACUCAAUUAUUGACGUUAAAAAACUUAAUUUUGUCAAAAGAUCGAGGAAAGGAGAAGAUGGUAGAAAAAUGCAUAUAUUUGACUUGUUUGAAAAACUUUGAAUGUUCUGAAGCAUGAGAAAAGGCGACUUUUUCUGAUUGUUCUCUUAUGAAGCCUGCCUAGAGAAUACUGGAGACCUACAGAUGUCCUCCUCAGGUCAAAGAACAGUCGGAUUGGCGCGCGCGCGAAGAAAUUUGACCUACAAGUACAUGGGUGGUCAACAAAAGGGGCAAGGAGAAAAAAAAAUGUUGCCAUUUCAAAGGUUGCAAAUUCUCACGAGAGAAAAUAAAAAAGGAGGAGAAGAAAAACUGUCAUAUGAGGACAAGAAGAAGAGAGAAAAGGAAAAGAAAGACCCUCCGCGCAUGAUAGAUAAUUCGCCGCGUAGAACAAAUACAAGAGGCAGCCUGUACCGCUCUUUCUCCCGUUAUUUUCUAAUCACAAGAGCCUCAGCUGAGAUAUGAUGCGGAUCCAAAAAGUCGGAUGACUUUGAAAGAGAAAUACGACCUUCUGGUCUAUCUUGGAAGGGUCUGCCCGAUAUUUUAUCAUUAUCAAUCAGAAUAAAAAAAUAAAAAUUUUCUUGUGAAGAUAAUAAGUGUCUAAAUUGAUUACUUGGCGAAAAAUAUACAUACAAAGUUUGAUAAAAAGUUUUCAAAUAAGUAAAUUCGAAAUCUUUUUGAAAAACUUUUUUUGAAAGUUGAUUGAACUAUUCAAAGUAUAAUAUCAAUGAAGAGGAAACCAAAUGAUAUGAGAAUCGGAAGAGACAAGUAAUUCGAUAGAGAACGUCCAUUCCAUUCAACAAGGUCAAUUAAGAGUGCGCGAAGAAGGACAACAAAUUAAGUGCAAUCGGACGGAAAUUGACUGUAAUAACAAACAAUGAUCGAAAUGGAUACAAUGUAACAAAUAAAAGUAUUGAUAAAAAUAAUAGUAGAAUGAGGCAGCAGUAAAAGUGACGCAGCCUAGCACUAGCACACACACAGUGACGGGGCGGAGAAACGAAAUAGCGCGGCAAGGAAGACAGCAGCCGCGCGCCAACGAGAAGAGGCGUGGCCCGAGUGGGCGGAGCCUUGGCACGACGCCAACCAUGUGAGCUGAAAGGAGGAGAGAUGCGAAAUAGACAAUCCCUUGGUGGAGGGUGCGCGACAAGGCCCAAGAUGAGAGCGGUGAUUGGAGGCGGAGAGUCGGCGCGACGAUGAAGGAAAAAAGGCUUGUGCUCCGUCAGGACACGUCCUCAAGAUGGUCGGACAGUUGUGGAAGGACGACUCUACAGGCCGAAGUCAGAAAAAAGGGGAAAAAAACGAUGGGAUAAAAGCUCGGAGAGGUGUCACGAAGUGCAGCCGUCCUUUCUCAGAGCCGCGGUCGUACUGUAGUCCGGGAACGAGGACAGAGGUCGAUGCCCGAGGCAAGUCUUCUUCUUCAGGUGACAUUGAGGCUUCAGAGUUUGACUGAGAAGGACCUUAAGACCAUCCUAGUCUUGGCUAGAGGCUCAGAUCUUAAGAAAAACUGUUUUCAUGGGUUUCAACCUCUCUGAACCUAGAUGAGACCAAAUGAGUGUCCUAGCCUAAAUUCUAACUCUAAGAAAACUGAUGAAAAGAAGUUCAGUCCUUCAGAAUUUAACUAGCAGAAGUCCUUGUUCUCAAUGGAUCUGAAAACCUCCCAAAAUAAAUUCGGGUCUCAGAAUCCGACCAAGGAAGACCUAUCGACUAAUAAAAUCUGAAAGAUGGUCUGGGAUCUCCCUCUCUCAUAAAUUUAGAUCCUAGUCCUGAAAAGAGCUUCAGAUCACUGGAAGAGCUUCGAUGAGGACGUUAAAAGCUUCCGAGUCUUACUUUAGAACACCUAUCGUCGAUCUCAGUCUACAGUAG